ACUUCUGGUAUUUGUUCGAAAGCUAGAGAUACAUUUUGUGGUCUUCUGUAGUACUUUCUGUUGCCAUCCUACACAAAGCGGCGAAGAAGCAAUGCCUUUUUCACCAUCUUGUCUAUGAAGGAAUUGUCAAAAGUAAAUGGUCAAGCUUACAACGACGUUCUAUUCAUUGACUCCUUUUUGGUUUGGUGUUGAGUUGGCGUUUUUACACGUCUCACGAGAACAUUAAGGUGAAAAAGGCACGUUCCGGCUGCCCUACGGUAUCAACAUGGCAACUAGUCACAGUGGAAGCAGCAAAACGUCAGUAUCCACAGCAAGCGCAGCUCUUGUUAGAGCUAAAGCAGAAGCUGCGAAAGUACGAGCGUCGUACGCAAGCCAAGAAGCUAAGCUUAAACUGGAAGAAGCUAAACUAAAGUGAAAAAGGCACGUUCCGGCUGCCCUAAGGUAUCAACAUGGCAACUAGUCACAGAGGAAGCAGCAAAACGUCAGUAUCCACAGCAAGCGCAGCUCUUGUUAGAGCUAAAGCAGAAGCCGCGAAAGUACGAGCGUCGUACGCAAGCCAAGAAGCUAAGCUUAAACUGGAAGGAGCUAAGCUAAAACUGGAAAAGGCUCAUAAUCAAUUAGAAACAACGAGAAUAACCACAGAAUUAGAAGUGCUGACAUUACAACGAGAAGCAGACGCAGCUGAGGCGGAAGCUCGAGUAUUGGCGGAAGCUUCGGGAGCACAAUCCACUGGCGAUGACAGGAAAACUGAAUCAGAAAAGGCAAAAAUUGAACGCACCAGUGAAUAUGUUCAAUCACAGAUCGACCUUCAACAGCAGUUGUCAUCUCCAGCUGCCUUGUGUCCAGCAAUAGAUAAGCAGCCGUAUCCGUUAACACAAGCUACCAUCAACACCUAGCAUCUGGAUGAAAAUACUCCAUAUAUGCAACCCAGUCCUAAUAGAACAAACUUUAAGAGCGAUAAAGAAUCUCACUUAUCCACACCAAACUUAAAUAAACCAGUUAAAGCCACGACAAACUUCGAAGAAAAAAGACAAUCCGGCUCAAACAUACAUGCUCCGCCCUAUGUUCCCCGACAGGUUCCACAAGCCAGCAUACCGUCUUCAGUGGAACCAUUGGCCCACUAUUUGGCAACACGAGAUCUCAUCACCUCAGGACUGUACUACUUCGCUGAUAAACCAGAAGAUUAUCGCGCAUGGGAGUCGUCAUUCACUACAGCGGUCAGCGGUGCUCACCUCACAACAACCCAAGAACUAGACCUCAUGACAAAGUGGCGUGGUAAGGAGUCCGGAGAACAUGUGAGACGCAUCCGCUCAAUGUAUGUAAACCAUCCAGAACUGGCUCUACACAAAGCAUGGGAGAGACUGCGUGACUGUUAUGCUGCCCCUGAAAUCGUUGAAAAAUCACUAUUUGAUCGGCUGGACAAUUUCCCCAAAAUUUCUAAUAAAGACAACGCUAGGCUACGCGAACUGGGAGAUUUGUUCAUGGAAAUUCAAGGUUUCAAGGAGGAUGGCUAUGUCACCGGCUUGUCCUAUCUGGAUACGUCACGUGGAAUUAGGCCGAUUGUGGACAAGCUUCCUUAUAGCCUUCAGGAAAAAUGGACAUCUUCUUUUGUACAAAGAACAUAAUAACGGUUGCUUCCCUCCCCUCCACUACUUCUGUGUUUUUGUGUGCUCCGAGGCAAAGAAACGAAAUGACCCCAGUUUCACCUACCAGUACAAUACAACUGCUAACCUUGACAAACACAUUGCAAAAUGUUUUAACUCCAACAAACCCAUCACAGUGCACAAAACAGACAUUUUAACAACCAAUAAUGACCCCAAUGAAUGUUAUCCUCUACACAACAAACCACACCCCCUUAAGAGAUGCAGGACAUUCCGAAACAAAUCCCUGGAUGAUAGAAAGGCCUUUUUGAAGGAAAAAGGGAUAUGUUUUAAAUGUUGUUCCUCAGUUUCACAUCUCGCCAAACAAUGCCAGCCUUCUGUGAAGGCUGGCACAAGUGUCACCAACCACGCACUGCAGAUGAAAUUGCCCAAGCUAAAUAUAUUAUUCUGAGGGCAGCACAAAAGGCAGCCUUCUCAGGAGAGCUUUUAGCUUUACAAGAAAACAAGCCAGUUUCAAGAAACAGCCCUUUGUUGAAACUCAACCCAACAUUGGAGGAUGGACUCAUUUGUGUGGGAGGUAGACUAAAGUGCUCUGAACUCACACUUUUAGAAAAGAAUCCUGUAAUUCUCCCCAAGAAAAGCCACAUCUCUGUGUUGCUCACACACCACCACCAUGUGCAGGUAAAACAUCAAGGCCUUCAUUUUACUGAAGGAGCCAUCAGAGCAGCAGGAUUGUGGAUUCUAGGUGGACGGUCUUUAAUCAACUCAAUUCUUCACAAAUGCACAAUCUGUCGUAGACUUCGAGGGAAGGUUCAAGAACAACAAAUGGCUAAUUUGCCUCCGGAACGUCUUAAAUCCUGCCCUCCUUUUACGUAUGUGGGAGUCGAUGUCUUUGGACCCUGUUCUGUCUUAACCAGACGUACCAGAGGAGGACAAGCAGAGAGCAAGCGGUGGGCCAUGAUGUUCACUUGUCUUAGUUCGAGAGCUGUUCAUAUCGAGUUAAUCGAGUCUGUGGACACUACAAGUUGUAUCAACGCCCUCAGGCGUUUUUUCGCACUUCGAGGUCCAGCAAAUCAACUUCAUUCUGAUUGUGGCACUAAUUUUACGGGAGCAUGCAAAGAGCUUGGAAUGAACAAGGCAGUGCAGAACUUCCUCAGUGAAAAGCAGUGCAUUUGGAAAUUCAACCCACCACACGCUUCCCACAUGGGAGGCUCUUGGGAGCAAAUGAUCGGGAUUGCAAGAAGAAUCCUGGAUUCAAUGUUACUGCAGCAUGGGACUCGUAUAACCCAUGAAGUUCUUUGCACUCUGAUGGCGGAAGUCACUGCAAUUAUAAAUGCACGACCACUUCUGCCUGUAUCCAUUGAUCCACAACAACCCUUCAUUCUUUCACCAGCAAUGCUCCUAACACAGAAGGCAGGAGCUCCACCUCCACCUGGAGAAUUCACAGAGAGGGACCUUUACAUCAAACAAAGGAAGCAAGUGCAAGCAUUUGCAAACCAGUUUUGGAGCCGAUGGAGAAGGGAGUACCUUCCUUCUUUGCGACAGAGACAGAAAUGGAAUAUGUCAAGGCGAAACCUUCAAGUAGGAGAUCUAGUUCUCCUCAAGGACAAGCAAGCUGCACGUAACUACUGGCCUAUGGCCAUGGUCACCGCCACGUUCCCCGGGAUCGACAAUUUGGUCAGGAAGGUCGAAGUGAAGACUACAGACCAAGGAACCCCAAAAACAUUUUUGAGACCAGUAACAGAAGUUGUUUUACUCCUGCCCAAAGACUAGAGUUAUUUGGUGACCUUAGUGGCCUCACAUAGGCCAGGCGGGGAGUGUGUUGUCCUGAAGUCAACUGUUAAUAUUAUUUACGUAAUUACAUUAUAAUAUUUUUGUAUUACUUGAUAAUAUUUUGUAUUAGUAACUACAAUGCUUUAAUUUGGAGUUAAAGUUGUUUAUAUUUAUUGUACUUUAUAAUCGGUAAACAGCAGUUAGAUGAUGUCACUUCCGCUAAAUUACUUCCUGUUGGUUGACUUCCGGUAUUUGUUCGAAAGCUAGAGAUACAUUUUGUGGUCUUCUGUAGUACUUUCUGUUGCCAUCCUACACAAAGCGGCGAAGAAGCAAUGCCUUUUUCACCAUCUUGUCUAUGAAGGAAUUGUCAAAAGUAAAUGGUCAAGCUUACAACGACGUUCUAUUCAUUGACUCCUUUUUGGUUUGGUGUUGAGUUGGCGUUUUUACACGUCUCACGAGAACAUUAAGGUGAAAAAGGCACGUUCCGGCUGCCCUACGGUAUCAACAUGGCAACUAGUCACAGUGGAAGCAGCAAAACGUCAGUAUCCACAGCAAGCGCAGCUCUUGUUAGAGCUAAAGCAGAAGCUGCGAAAGUACGAGCGUCGUACGCAAGCCAAGAAGCUAAGCUUAAACUGGAAGAAGCUAAACUAAAGUGAAAAAGGCACGUUCCGGCUGCCCUAAGGUAUCAACAUGGCAACUAGUCACAGAGGAAGCAGCAAAACGUCAGUAUCCACAGCAAGCGCAGCUCUUGUUAGAGCUAAAGCAGAAGCCGCGAAAGUACGAGCGUCGUACGCAAGCCAAGAAGCUAAGCUUAAACUGGAAGGAGCUAAGCUAAAACUGGAAAAGGCUCAUAAUCAAUUAGAAACAACGAGAAUAACCACAGAAUUAGAAGUGCUGACAUUACAACGAGAAGCAGACGCAGCUGAGGCGGAAGCUCGAGUAUUGGCGGAAGCUUCGGGAGCACAAUCCACUGGCGAUGACAGGAAAACUGAAUCAGAAAAGGCAAAAAUUGAACGCACCAGUGAAUAUGUUCAAUCACAGAUCGACCUUCAACAGCAGUUGUCAUCUCCAGCUGCCUUGUGUCCAGCAAUAGAUAAGCAGCCGUAUCCGUUAACACAAGCUACCAUCAACACCUAGCAUCUGGAUGAAAAUACUCCAUAUAUGCAACCCAGUCCUAAUAGAACAAACUUUAAGAGCGAUAAAGAAUCUCACUUAUCCACACCAAACUUAAAUAAACCAGUUAAAGCCACGACAAACUUCGAAGAAAAAAGACAAUCCGGCUCAAACAUACAUGCUCCGCCCUAUGUUCCCCGACAGGUUCCACAAGCCAGCAUACCGUCUUCAGUGGAACCAUUGGCCCACUAUUUGGCAACACGAGAUCUCAUCACCUCAGGACUGUACUACUUCGCUGAUAAACCAGAAGAUUAUCGCGCAUGGGAGUCGUCAUUCACUACAGCGGUCAGCGGUGCUCACCUCACAACAACCCAAGAACUAGACCUCAUGACAAAGUGGCGUGGUAAGGAGUCCGGAGAACAUGUGAGACGCAUCCGCUCAAUGUAUGUAAACCAUCCAGAACUGGCUCUACACAAAGCAUGGGAGAGACUGCGUGACUGUUAUGCUGCCCCUGAAAUCGUUGAAAAAUCACUAUUUGAUCGGCUGGACAAUUUCCCCAAAAUUUCUAAUAAAGACAACGCUAGGCUACGCGAACUGGGAGAUUUGUUCAUGGAAAUUCAAGGUUUCAAGGAGGAUGGCUAUGUCACCGGCUUGUCCUAUCUGGAUACGUCACGUGGAAUUAGGCCGAUUGUGGACAAGCUUCCUUAUAGCCUUCAGGAAAAAUGGACAUCUUCUUUUGUACAAAGAACAUAAUAACGGUUGCUUCCCUCCCCUCCACUACUUCUGUGUUUUUGUGUGCUCCGAGGCAAAGAAACGAAAUGACCCCAGUUUCACCUACCAGUACAAUACAACUGCUAACCUUGACAAACACAUUGCAAAAUGUUUUAACUCCAACAAACCCAUCACAGUGCACAAAACAGACAUUUUAACAACCAAUAAUGACCCCAAUGAAUGUUAUCCUCUACACAACAAACCACACCCCCUUAAGAGAUGCAGGACAUUCCGAAACAAAUCCCUGGAUGAUAGAAAGGCCUUUUUGAAGGAAAAAGGGAUAUGUUUUAAAUGUUGUUCCUCAGUUUCACAUCUCGCCAAACAAUGCCAGCCUUCUGUGAAGGCUGGCACAAGUGUCACCAACCACGCACUGCAGAUGAAAUUGCCCAAGCUAAAUAUAUUAUUCUGAGGGCAGCACAAAAGGCAGCCUUCUCAGGAGAGCUUUUAGCUUUACAAGAAAACAAGCCAGUUUCAAGAAACAGCCCUUUGUUGAAACUCAACCCAACAUUGGAGGAUGGACUCAUUUGUGUGGGAGGUAGACUAAAGUGCUCUGAACUCACACUUUUAGAAAAGAAUCCUGUAAUUCUCCCCAAGAAAAGCCACAUCUCUGUGUUGCUCACACACCACCACCAUGUGCAGGUAAAACAUCAAGGCCUUCAUUUUACUGAAGGAGCCAUCAGAGCAGCAGGAUUGUGGAUUCUAGGUGGACGGUCUUUAAUCAACUCAAUUCUUCACAAAUGCACAAUCUGUCGUAGACUUCGAGGGAAGGUUCAAGAACAACAAAUGGCUAAUUUGCCUCCGGAACGUCUUAAAUCCUGCCCUCCUUUUACGUAUGUGGGAGUCGAUGUCUUUGGACCCUGUUCUGUCUUAACCAGACGUACCAGAGGAGGACAAGCAGAGAGCAAGCGGUGGGCCAUGAUGUUCACUUGUCUUAGUUCGAGAGCUGUUCAUAUCGAGUUAAUCGAGUCUGUGGACACUACAAGUUGUAUCAACGCCCUCAGGCGUUUUUUCGCACUUCGAGGUCCAGCAAAUCAACUUCAUUCUGAUUGUGGCACUAAUUUUACGGGAGCAUGCAAAGAGCUUGGAAUGAACAAGGCAGUGCAGAACUUCCUCAGUGAAAAGCAGUGCAUUUGGAAAUUCAACCCACCACACGCUUCCCACAUGGGAGGCUCUUGGGAGCAAAUGAUCGGGAUUGCAAGAAGAAUCCUGGAUUCAAUGUUACUGCAGCAUGGGACUCGUAUAACCCAUGAAGUUCUUUGCACUCUGAUGGCGGAAGUCACUGCAAUUAUAAAUGCACGACCACUUCUGCCUGUAUCCAUUGAUCCACAACAACCCUUCAUUCUUUCACCAGCAAUGCUCCUAACACAGAAGGCAGGAGCUCCACCUCCACCUGGAGAAUUCACAGAGAGGGACCUUUACAUCAAACAAAGGAAGCAAGUGCAAGCAUUUGCAAACCAGUUUUGGAGCCGAUGGAGAAGGGAGUACCUUCCUUCUUUGCGACAGAGACAGAAAUGGAAUAUGUCAAGGCGAAACCUUCAAGUAGGAGAUCUAGUUCUCCUCAAGGACAAGCAAGCUGCACGUAACUACUGGCCUAUGGCCAUGGUCACCGCCACGUUCCCCGGGAUCGACAAUUUGGUCAGGAAGGUCGAAGUGAAGACUACAGACCAAGGAACCCCAAAAACAUUUUUGAGACCAGUAACAGAAGUUGUUUUACUCCUGCCCAAAGACUAGAGUUAUUUGGUGACCUUAGUGGCCUCACAUAGGCCAGGCGGGGAGUGUGUUGUCCUGAAGUCAACUGUUAAUAUUAUUUACGUAAUUACAUUAUAAUAUUUUUGUAUUACUUGAUAAUAUUUUGUAUUAGUAACUACAAUGCUUUAAUUUGGAGUUAAAGUUGUUUAUAUUUAUUGUACUUUAUAAUCGGUAAACAGCAGUUAGAUGAUGUCACUUCCGCUAAAUUACUUCCUGUUGGUUGACUUCCGGUAUUUGUUCGAAAGCUAGAGAUACAUUUUGUGGUCUUCUGUAGUACUUUCUGUUGCCAUCCUACACAAAGCGGCGAAGAAGCAAUGCCGAAGCGCUGCCGGCAGCUCCACUUGAAGCGCCUUGGGACACGCUCCUGCUCGCUCUUCCCGCAUUGCGGCUGCAUGCCUACACGGCUGCAGACAAUCAACAAUCAGCACACCUGGGGCUGAUGAGGGCCGGUGCCAAACCAGUGGACCCGAAAAUCCAGUGCCAGAACGUAGUUUACUCAUCGUACGUUCCUUCCGUCUCCUGUGAUCGAGCUGUGCGCCUCGUUUUAUUGGACUUCCCUCUGGAUUUUGGACUGCUUCCCUUGAUCCUCGACCCCUGUUCAGAUGCCUCUAUCCAGUCCCCGACCUCUUGCUUGCUCACAGACUUCCUUCUUGCCUUGCCCUCUGGACUUAUGGACAAUUCAUCCAACACGCACAAACUACACCCUCUGGUAACAUUUACAUUAUUAAUUCCUCACAUCGUCUUACACCACACAACAUUAGUAGCAUACAUACCACAACACAUAAUUAAGUUCAAUAAACCUGUCGAGCUUCA